CUACUUUUAAAAAAUAAAUAUAGCCAAUUUUACUAUAUUUAGAUACUCUGACCUUGCAUCCAGACUUUAUUUAUACAGUAGAUGGUAGAUAACAUCAAAAUUGUAAGGAUUGCAAUAGGGCAAUAGUUUUUGAUGGAAGAUCAAGUAACAAAAUUAAAGAACAGCUAAGAAAUCUGUAAUAAGAAUAGGAGAGCGAACUAACAUGGAGAAGAGAUGAAGGAGAUUUCAGAGAAAAAAUAUUAAAGAAAGGUAAAUUUUGAGAAAGUAUAGAAUAAAAAAACUACAGGAUUAGGUAGAAUAGGAAAAAGGAAAGGCGACAAAGAUUGAA